CGAUCUUUUGGAGACUCGCUUAGUCGCUCAGUUUCGAGUUAAGGGAAGAUGAUGGCUCCGGAACCGCUGCGGUCAGCGAUGAUCACCGGCAACACGGAGGACACUUCGCUCGCUGUGCCCUCCGACAACAAACUGCGCUCGGGAAAGCAACGCGUGCUGGAUCAAGUGCACAGCAUCAAGAGGAGCAAGUCCAAACCAGCUAAGAGCGGCUCACUGUCUCCUUCUCCUACAGCCGUGAGUCCGCAGUCUUUCGCAACAUACUCAGAGUUUGGAACGUUCAAGUUCGCUCCAUUCAAAGCAAAUGGCACCUUCAGUCGCGCCAACUCCAACUCAGCAAGCUACAGCAGAACGGUAAAUAUGUCCAGAAGCCGCUCUCAAUCCACUAAAACCAUGAGAGGAAGACAUGUCAGCAGCUCAGGCACAUGGGAACAACAAAUGGCCUCCUCUAACUGGCCCCAGAGUCCCAAUGGGCUGAAACCCAGUCGCAGUGACCCUGCCUUGGCUCCCCAGUUUUCUCCUGCUCCUGCUCCUGCAACUGUUAUGAGAGCCAAAGGACUGACUGCCCAGAGCCAGCAGACCCUGCAGAGUCGGACAAACAGACAAAGCGCCUUUUCCAGCAGCGUUCAGAUGACCAGCAGUCAGCCACGCAUCGGCCGGCCGCCCUCUGCCCAGUCUCAAAAUGAGAGCAGAGUCGGUACCAUCAAAACAUCCAACAAGAUUGAGCAGCAAUCAGCGGUGAACACCAUGAUCGGCAUGUCAGACCUGACCCUAAAGGAGGCUGUCGAGUUCCUGUCUAAUCCUGAGGAAAACUACCAGCAGUGUGGAGCCACCUUCAUUCAACACACCACCUUCAAAGAUGAGCAUGCCAAACAGGAGGUUUACCAACUAGGGGGUAUCCCUGUUCUGGUAACCCUGCUGCGUAGCCCCAUCUCUGGGGUGAGCCAGGCUGCUGCUGGAGCCUUGAGGAAUUUGGUGUUCAGGGAUCAGAACAACAAGUUGGAGGUUCAGCACUGUGGUGGUAUAGCUAAGGCGCUGCAGCUACUAAAGGAGACAGAUUCUACUGAGACCCGAAAACAAAUCACAGGCCUGCUAUGGAACCUGUCCUCUGCUGAUGAGCUAAAGGGAGAACUUAUAGCAACAGCUCUGCCUGCCCUCACUGAGAAUGUGGUGGUCCCAUUCACUUGCUGGUCAGACAGCAGUGCCAACAACAACAUACACCCUGAUGUCUUCUACAGCGCCACAGGAUGUCUGCGGAACCUGAGCUGUGCCCAACACAAUGAUAGGCAGGCGAUGAGAAACUGCCGUGGCCUUAUCGACUCCCUCAUGAUUUAUUUGCAGUCGUGCGUGGCAGAGGACAACCCUGAUGACAAGUCUGUGGAGAACUGUGCAUGUAUCCUGCAUAACUUGACGUACCAAGUGGAGGCUGAAUCACCUGAGUGCUUUGCCAAGUACAAGUCUUUGUUGGCGAACAAUCCUGAAAGUAAGAAAAGCCAGACAGUUGGAUGCUUCAGCCCCAAGAGCAGCAAGAUUCAGAAGGAAUUUUCAUUUGAUGCUAUUGGAAACAUGCCAGAGGACAGUGCUGCAUCAGGUGUGAAUUGGCUGUGCCAUCCCAAAGCAAUGCAGCUCUACCUGUCUUUGCUGGGGUCCGCCCAGAAUGAAGCCACCCUGGAGGCCUGCUGUGGUGCCCUGCAGAAUCUUACUGCCAGCAAGGACAUAGGAUCCAGUGUCAUGAGCCAGAUUCUGGUUCACAAGUUGGGAGCUCUGCUGCAGAUGCCCCCUCUGUUAAAGUCACCUAACCGGAGCCUUCAGAAGACUGCCAUGUCCCUGCUGGGUAACAUGUCUCGGACCAGCAGUUUGCAGACCCCCAUGGCGAAGCAGAUUUUGCCUGAGCUCACUAGCCUCCUCUCCUCUGGCCCUCGGGAAAUGGGAAACUCAGACGAAACUAUAGCAACAGCUUGCAGCACAGCACGGACUCUGAUGUUUGCAGACACUGAGAUCAGCAAGAAGGUCAUUAAUAAUGAACUGGUGUCAUCAAUGGCUGACCUCAGUGAGAAUGGGUCUUUUCCUAAAGGCAGCAAAGCAGCCUCAGUGUUGCUCUACAGCUUGUGGAAUGAGAAGAAUUUACAAGGCAUUGUGAAAAAGCUGGGGAUGGCCAAAUCCGUUUUUGUCAAUGAGAGCACUUCAGCGGCACACAAGUCAGUGCAAGUCAUCGAGUAG